CGUUCAGUUUGUCCUAAAGCCUUGGUAUUCAAGUCAACAUCGAGAGCGGGUCUUGUAGAUCAAGUUUACUUUUCUUCAAGACAUGGCGUCCUUUCACAAAAUCAGCGCUGUGCAAGUGUUGAUAUUUUCUGUGAUACUUCUGUUGGCCCGAGGCGAAAACACGCAAAAGGUUGCAAGCUUCGAAGAAGACACCUAAUAACAACCCUUACAAAUUGAACGAGUGUAUGGUUGGUGAGUGGGAAAGUCAAGAUAGUUCGUCCAUUCCAACUAUCCCGGAUUUAAUGUGGUUCAAUACACCAUCAAUAAUUGAAAUCGAACCAGGUCACUAUCAAGCUACUGGUCGAAUAAUCGAGGCAAAUUACUUGAAAAUGCGGCUGGAAUCGAAAAACAUAAACUUCAAUACUGUUGAGAGAGAAAAUAUGGACUCAUUUCUGCAAUUGGAUAUUCUGGCAGACACUUUUCACAUUAAGGGUGAAGUUACUUUUUAUGCUCUUCAAACUGUUAAAAUAUACGCGAGGCAGAUUGUCGCUGCUAAAGGAAGUCGGAUCGUUUUUAAAACACCAGACUGGAAACAGGAUUUUGCUACACCAGUAGGAGUUCAGACUAAUGGAGUUGGAACAAACGGAGAAAAUGGAAAAGACGGCAAAGAUGGACCUCAGGUCGACGUAUUUUGUGGCGCUGUACAUGGCGAACUUGAUGUCAUUUCCAAAGGAGGAAAUGGACACAAGGGACAAGAUGGUGGCAAUGGUCGUCCCGGUGCUAAUGCCGUCGAUAAACCUGACAAGUACGGCGAUGGUUUCCAACAUUGUGCAUAUGGCGGCUGGUCUGGAUGGGCAAACGAUCUUGAUUUUAAUAAAGUAUUCCGAAAAUGUGAUAAAAGAAGUAGAAAUUCAGAAAGAGGUAACCCCGGCGGCAAUGGAGGAAGAGGAGGAAAUGCUGGAACUCCAGGAAAAGGUGGGAAUGCUGGAGGUGUUACUCUGCGCUACAGAAAUUUAAACGGGCGUGUAAAAGCCAAGGCCUGCGCGGGGAUUGGAGCCGAUGCAGCCACUAAUGGACAAGGUGGAAAAGGAGGAAACGGCGGGGCAGGAACACCAGGAAUAAACUGCGAUUCUAAGGAAACCACCAGAUACACCGCACAAAUACGGAUAUUUAGUUGUCGUAAGACCGGAAAAGUAUCAGCCUCCAGAGGAAAAAAUGGUGGGAAAGGAGCACCAGGAUCAACUCCUAACAGCAAAGGACCAGAUGGCACCAUCAGUAAAUCUUCUAUUAGUAAAUCAGAGACCAUAGAUACAGCAAGCAAAGAAAGUUUUCCAGAAGAUCUUCUUCUCAUCAUAAGAAGAAAGGCAGUGGACUUGUUGCUAGGAGACAGCAAGAAUCAGGAGGGUAGAGACGCAUUACAGUUUCUUGUCGACAUAACGACAGGAAGAGCUGACGUCGAAUAUAUAAUGAAAGAUGCCCAAAGAAAACUUGCUUUCCUCGGUCAAGACGGUUUUGACAUUUUUGGAAAGAACCGUCUCUUUGCCCCUCUAAUAAAGUGGGAAUCACUUGAAGAAGACGUAAACAGAAUAAAAGACGCAGCGAAAGCAUAUGAAGACGCCUUCACGAAUGUUAUGGAUCAAGUAGAGAGGGAAGAAAACUUUCAGAAGAUAGCGACUGUAAUGACCGGCGUAUCGUCUAAACAAGUAAAUGCACAGAAACGACGUCUUAUUGCGGCUAGAGGCAUAGACGAAAGUGAGAAAAGAAUGUAUCUUAAGACCAUCACAGAAUCAGAAGUACAGAUGGACAAUACCCUUAUAAGAAUUUCCUCAUUAUUGAAAGAGGCUCAAAAAACAGCGAGUGAAAGGUUAUCCAAACAACAAUUUAUGGCAAUGCUUCAGGGUAUUUCAGGGUUUGCUUCCGCCAUAUUUGACAGUGCUACAUCUGCAGACUCCAAAGGCCCAUUUGCCUACAUUGACACAGCCAUUGAUAUUGCCCAACACGAUGCCAAUAAGCCUUGUCGCUCGGCUCUUAAAUCCGUUCUUGCAAGUGCCAAGAAAUGGCUGACUUUUGGAAAAUACAAACCACGUGAGGAUGCAAGUGAAUUGGACUUUGACAAAGUAGAAGUUAGCUCAGUUCCUGAUAUGAUGAAGGCCAAUCUGGAGAUGAACAAAGAGAAGUUUGCUGCUGACCUGGUAUGCCUGCUGGAGGAGGCUUCUAGACCUCGUGACGUUGCCGGCCUUAAGGCGGAAAUUGAGUCCUAUUUCAUUUUGGGCGCUGCUCGCAUCGACACGAUAGCAAACGUUAUGGACCUUGACAACACUAUUGGGGGACACAAUUUUGAUAUCCCACUGCUAGAUCAGACAGAGAAAGCAAUAAAUAAAUUAAGCGAGCUACCAGAUGCCUCUAUAACGAACAGACUUCGGCAGACCUUCUUGGAAAAUCUGCUCGGUACUUACAAAGAACUGGAACGGUCGUUAAUGGAAAAUAUCUACGAGCUCCAGAAAGCCCUUGGUUUCCGUACACUCUGGAAUCUAGAUAGUGUCAUGAGCUCGUUCCAACGCAUCGCCUCAGAAAGUGCGCUGGGCACCGGGCAACUUAAUGGUGCAGUCGAACUCUCAAAAGUACUUGAAAAGAUCAACGAAAUCACAUCGAAGGCCAAACGGUGUUUCUCAAAUGAGAGAUACGCAACUAACGUUCAGAAAUGGAGUUUCGAUAAUGUCAAGAACAAACAGAUGUUUGAGGAAAUACAAAAUGGUUCCACGAGAUUCAGUAUAGGAGAGGAUCAAAUUUGUGACACGUGUUACAAUGCGCGGCUCCUAAAAAUGUAUAUUGAGCUCGAUGGCCCUGAGGCGCAACCUGAAAGCGUUUGGGAUGAGGUCAGGCUUAACGUCCGCCACUUAAGCAGAGCUUAUUUUCGCGCGGGUGAUGGCCAAAUACAGCAAUACCAUACCCCAAUAACAAAUUUCAGGAAGCUUAUUUUUGACCGCUAUGAAAUCAGCAAUAGGAAGAAGUGCCGGGAAAGUAAACAAAACCCUAACCAAUCUGGGUCUAAAUUCUGCGUGGAAAAGGACGAUUCUCGCUUGGAACCUAUGUGCAGCCACUCAUUAAACGGUGCCUCGGUCAAUGGUCUGAUGAUGGGAAAGGAUGAAUGUACAAGCCCGUCUGGCUUUUACGAGCUCAAGAUCCCUGUUGACAAAACGUUGUCCUGCACGGAUACUAAGAUGCGAAACACCAAUUGCAAAGAUCUUGAUCUAUCAAAGUUCACUAAAAUGAACGUUUGGUUUUAUUACAUUUACUGGUCAAAUGCUUACCCUAAGGAUCCGAAUGACCCUAUAUGCAACAUCCAAAAGGAUUCAAAUAAGAGUCAUUGAUUGGGAACAUCAAAAAGUAACGCCCUGGAUGACCGAGAUACACUGAAAUGUCAAUCCCCAUGGUUUGAUCUGCAUGCAUAUUUUAGUUUACUGAUAGAUAACUAACACAGAAUUAGCAUGCAACACGGGGGAUAAUCACAAUCACGAUUCAAAUAAAAGUAACAUUGCAGCAGA